UUCUGGUUAUAAAUAUUGACAGAGUUUAACAUUUAAUUGCUGCAGUUAUUAUCAGACACAAUAUUAAAAACGUUUUGUUCAUGUAUGAAUUUGUCAAAUUGUUAUAUACAUAACUCCCCUUAGCAGCAGCAUCUGUCCAUUUGUUCAGCAGCAGUUGUAGAGGGAGUGAAAUGCUGUCUAUCACAGCCUCUGCCAUUAGAACCUGGAUCUAAGGCAGCUCUGCUAAACUGAAACCACAAUGGAUGUGUACAUUCUCCCAGCUGGAUAGUGAUAAUAGCAUUUCACCUACAACAUUAAGUAUACAGGCAUUAUUACAGUGAAUUAAGCUUCUAGUUUUGCCACCAUUCUUGUUCUAACUUUGUGAAUAACAUAACCUUUGAUGAUGCAUACUGGUGACCUUACCAUUUGAACAGCAACAGCUUUUACUACAAUGUUGGUGACCAUUGAGUCUAAGCCUAUUUCAUCAGCGUACACUAAAAUAGACCAUUAUAACACUAAACCCAACAACUGUGGCAAUUAUAACAGCGAUACUCCCCCCCCUCCUCGAUCUCCCCUGCAGUGACGACAUUUACACCAAACACAGAAAAACCUGUUGGAGCUCGUCAGUCAGGUACUGAGGUUUCACGUGGUAUAAACACACACAGACACGUCACCCGAGGAAGGACUCUUCUACAGGGAAGUUGACAUCACGAAGGCAUAAUCAAAACUGCAUGGCAAACUCACAUCACAGUUACUUAUUCAAUCAAUAAAGCCACACACACACUCACUUCAUGAUAGUCACCCACUGACACAAUAAGUCAACACAGACUGUGAAGUAGCACACUUGUUCCUGGGAUAUGGGUGUGGCCCUGAGCAUGAACUGGGUCACUGCAGAGAAGAGGAGGGGGAGGGGUGAGAAAGACAGGUACAAAGACCUGGUGGAAACACCCUUCUCUUUCACUAUCCUGGAGGAGGGAGUUGUCACAGCGCUACGACGGAGUUUGCAGUUUCAAGGUUCCAGCGUCCGAACCAUGUUCUCCACGGCCACUUCAUACAAGAACCAGCAUUACUCUGAGCUGAAGAGGAAAUGUCUGGAGGACAAGGAACUGUUUGAGGAUCCAGAGUUUCCUGUCACCAACACAUCCCUGUUUUACAGGAAGCCACCUCCUGGUAUGGUGGAGUGGAAGAGACCGCGGGAGAUCAGUGACGGGCCUCAUCUGUUUGUGGAGGGCAUCAGCUCCCAUGACCUGAACCAGGGGCUUUUGGGUAACUGCUGGUUUGUGGCGGCAUGCUCCUGCCUGGCACUGAAGCCAGACCUCUGGCAGAAGGUCAUCCCUGACUGGAAGGAGCAGGAAUGGGACUCCAAGCACCUGGAGAACUAUGCUGGUAUCUUCCACUUCCAGUUCUGGGUGUUUGGGGAGUGGGUGGACGUGGUAGUGGAUGACCGCCUACCCAGCAUCAAUGGAGAGCUCAUUUACUGCCACUCCAAAGUCAAAAACGAGUUUUGGAGCGCCCUGCUUGAGAAAGCCUAUGCCAAGCUCUCUGGCUGCUAUGAGUCGCUGGACGGGGGCAACACUGGGGAUGCGGUGGUGGAUUUCAGUGGAGCCGUGGCAGAGGCCAUUAACCUUGAGGCAGAAGCUUUCCACAAAGACCAGGGGAGAAUGGACAAGCUGUUUGAGGACCUUUUCAAAGUCUACGACAGGGAUGGAAUAAUCAGCUGUUCCAUCAAGGCGUCUCCUUCUGAAAUCGAGGCACGGAUGGCGUGUGGGCUGGUGAAGGGACAUGCCUACUCAGUGACUUCAGUGAAGAAAGUACGAUUGGGCCACGGGCUGAUAGCCUACUUCCAGAAUGAGACCAUCCCCCUGAUCCGCAUGAGGAACCCCUGGGGAAAGAUUGAGUGGAACGGUGCCUGGAGUGACAGUUCAGCGGAAUGGAAAAAGGUUGGCAGCAUGGAGAGGAAUAAGCUUGGCAUCACAGUGGAAGAUGAUGGGGAGUUCUGGAUGGAGUUUAGAGACUGGUGUAAGUACUUCACAGAUGCAGACGUUUGUCGUCUCAUCAACACCUCCCUGCUCACCAUCGACAAGACAUGGAACGAAGUGAUGAUUUUGGGGAGUUGGACCAAGAAUGCAGAACCUCUGCGCAACCGCUGUGGAGGCUGCAUGAACCACAAACAUACCUUCUUACAGAACCCCCAGUACCUGUUUGAGGUGACCAAGGAAGUGGAUGAGGUUCUGAUCUCCCUACAGCAGAGAGACAUGAAGAUCCACAGACGUAUCGGCCAGGGAGAGAACCUCACCAUCGGCUUCGCCGUCUUCAAGGUUGAACUGAAUAGGAAAUACCGCAUGCAUGACAUCAUCACCCAACAUAACGUGCAAACUACUACGUACAUCAACGCCCGCACGGUGUUCAUGAGGGCCAUGCUCCCCAAGGGUCGCUACAUGAUCAUCCCCUCCACCUUCAAACCUGAGACUCUGGGAGAGUUCAUGCUGCGUGUUUACACUAACGUAGACUCAGGAUGCAGAGAGCUGACAGAACACCAGCCCAGGAUGACGUGUUGGAGUAAGCUGACUGGCUACCCUGUUGCCGUGUCCCAGAUCUAUGUCCACGGAGCAGAGGGGCUGGAGAACCAGGACCGCACAGGGGGCGCGGAUCCAUAUGUGAUCGUAUCCUGUGAGGGCUCCUCAGUCCGGUCAACAGUCAAGGCAGACACCGUGAAGCCGGUGUUUGAUACCAGAGCCAUCUUCUACAGGAAGAAGCCCACAAAGCCAAUCACUGUGGAGGUGUGGAACAGUAAUGCUGUGAAGGACCAGUUCCUGGGCCAGGUGGUUCUGACAGGCUCAGUGAAGGACUCCACCAACCCCCAGAGGCUCCAGUUGAGGAAGAGUGGCAGAGCCAUGGCCGACGAGAUGCCUGGCUCCAUCACCCUCCGUAUCGUCACCUCCACCGAGCUCACAGACAUGUGAUCUGGAUCAGCUGACUUCUACCUGGGUCACAUCGACAAUGUGUACAACACUCUGUUGCCUCUGACACUUUGAACAGGGGCUCAUCACUACAAGGCAUAAAGUUAUCACUCAGAAUGACUAUCAACGUGAGCUUACAAUAUAUUCUACUAAGGACUGCCUUGGUCAUGGACCAAGAAGCACCUACUAAAGACUGCCUUGGUCAUGGACCAAGAAGCACCUACUAAAGACUGCCUUGGUCAUGGACCAAGAAGCACCUACUAAAGACUGCCUUGGUCAUGGACCAAGAAGCACCUACUAAAGACUGCCUUGGUCAUGGACCAAGAAGUAUCUUCAAGCCUUCUGGAGUUUUAUUUGUUCUUAUAGUGUUUUGUAAAGGGACAAGACAUUACUUUUUGAAAGAUGAAUAACUGUACAUAUAUUAUUAUUUCAUACUAGACGAUACACUAUGAAACAUAACUCUUCAGAGUAAUACGCAUACUGUAUCUGUAUACAACAUUAUGCAACAUAUACAUUCCAAAAAUAUGUUUAUCAUAUACAAAUAAAAGGGUCUCUUUUCAUCUUGCUGAAAAACAGACAAAAGGCUCUUGCUGCAAAAUAUUGGAAUGUCUUGAAAGAGCCGAAUGUAUCUAGAGUGUAAGUUUUAGACCAUGGUCAUUCAUUUGUGUCAUUCCACUGAACUUAUUGAAAUGUCUAAAGGGUAUGUACUGCCUCUAAACUAGCAUCCUCCUUUGCCCGAAAUGUCUUGCCACUUUUAGUCCCUCUCUACUAACAGCAAAGAAAAGUAAAUCCAUUCAAACCAAAAAGUAUAUCUUUUUUUAUUUCAGUUCAGUUCCCAAACUGCAGUAUUUUGUUGUUUUACACUCAAGACACAGCCAUGCACAAUUCAGAAUUCCAAAAAGUAUGUUGCUUUAUCCACAAUUAAAAAUAGCUCAUCCAAAACCUUAGUUGUCCCCAGUUGCUUUUUCUCAUCUGUCCUUUUCCAAAGAUGGGGCUUGCUGAGGUUCACCAGAUGGGUCAGCAGUUUACAAACCCAGAUAAUAAUAAUAAUAAUUUUAAAUAAACACUUUUUUGCCUUUGUUCUGUUCUCAUGAUAAUCAUUAAUGGAGGAAUUUUCACACCACGUGUACAGGUUUACACAUUCAGAAGAUAGGAAUGUACAGGAUCGACCGCGGAAGAGGAGUGGGCCGGCGGGGAGGGGCGGGGCAAGGUCGCUAGCUGUCCUAGAGUUCAUCUUUGUGCUCAGAGUUCAGGCCUGUACAUAGAGGUGCGGCUAAAGGUCAGAGGGCAGAUAGUCUCUGUGAGGUCCCUAAGACUCUCAGCCACAGGCACACUCAGAAGUAGUGCUCCGUACAGACAGACAUGGGACUGCUGGAGACAGCUCUGUGUCCAGGUGGAGUACUGUCUGACACAGCCCAAGCAUGAUCCAUCCAUCCAGGAGUGUGUUUUAUUUUCUCAUUCAAUUUCCAGGGUGCAAAACAUUUAUAAAUAAAUACCAUAGAGCAACCUGGAUAUUAUCCUUUCAUUUUGAAGUUGCGUAACUCAGAUUUUUAAAAAUAAUCCCAUCCUAUUUACAUACACAAACAUAUCCUAACAAUGUUAGCCUAAUUGGAAAAUGUACUAACGUCUUGUUUUCCCAUGCAUGAAAUCGGUGAUGUACUCCUUGCAAUGGACAGUGUGACGCUCUCCUGCGUGGUGGAGGGAUGAGCGAGCAGCUACCCUGCACUACACAGUCUGAGUUAAGGUGGAGAACAAGUGUGGUAUCUAGUGCAGACUGAGGUCACUCUCUCCCUUACAAAGACACUCAUGCAUACACACACACUCCCAUUCAUACACACUCCCAACACCAUCUACCAGGGAUACAGUGUGAGCUCAUGGAAUAUAGCCCAUGAAAUCAGUGGUCAGUGACUCCCUGUGAGAGCCCUGAGAUCAGGGAAUGAUAUCACUCUGUAGUGUACACUACAGGUUAGACCCUCAAGUGUCUUUCCUGUCGCCUACUCUCUCUGUCCCAGGUCUGGACUUCAGUACAAUCCUAAGGGAUGCUGUGGCUACUAUAGACCAGACGGAGGAUGCCAUGUUGAUGGUUAUUACUAAGAUAUUGAAUGAAGAAUCAAUAAGCAUUCUAUACUUAUCUGCAGAGCUUUCCAGACUUGUUUUCUAGUAGCCUCUGCUAUGGGAUGAUAGGAAUGGCAAAGUGAAGGGGAAUGUGACCCUCUAGUUUCCAAUGGACAAGGCAAGACAAUUCAAUUGGCACUCAGUCUUCAAUCCAAAAACCUUUUCAUGGGCAAAUGAUUAACACCCACCCAUCCACCAACCUGCCAAACAGCCAAAACUCACAGAAACACUCAUAUAGAAACAGACACAACCAAACUCACACAUCAGAACGUUCAGCAAAAAGACACUGGAGCAAUAACUCUUAACUUCCACUGAGAGGGGGUAGGCUAAAUGAUAGCAUCCCAUUAAAAAAACUGGAUAAACACAGCAUGGACGGACAAACAGAUAGACAGAUGAACAUAUGCGCUAACUCAGGGAUUGUGCUCACUUGAACAAAUGGCUUUUCACACUAAGCAUGGCUUCUACUUCUGACACAUCUAAGUAAAUUCACAGAUCAGAGGUUAAGCAUGCAAAAGUAAGGCUCAUUGAUGUGAAACAAAUGGUAACAUUGACAAACACUGCCCCCCCCCC